AUGGGGGAGGUUCAUUACUCCAACGGAACCCUGGCUGAGCCCAUGGAGUAUAACUUCACAAGAAUAGCCGACAUCAUCUGCAGAUUUGAGUACCCAUCCGAGCCCUUAGGAACCGAGUCUAUCGCCAUUAUAUGUAUGCUGGCUGUAUUCAGCGUUAUAGGAACAGUAGGAAAUGUACUCGUCAUAUAUGUUUAUGCCCAGAGAAAGGAUCAUUUGACGUCAUCAGUUUUUAUCUUGGCUUUGGCGGGAACCGAUUUCAUCACGUGUUUAAUUGUAAUCCCAUAUACUAUUGUGGCCAUAUUCGAGACUUAUGUACUGCGUUUUGAUGCCGUGUGCAAAUUUUACAAUUUUCUUAUCACAUCGAACGUGCCCUUGUCAGCUUUCAUCAUGGUGGCCAUUGCUGUGGACCGUUAUAUAUGUAUAUGCCAUCCGUUCGUUCACAUAAUGACUGUUCCCCGCGCUAAAACGAUCGUAUCUCUCCUAGGAGCUUUUGCGUGUGUCCUUGGUCUGAUAACAGCUCUCCACUAUGACGUGUAUCAGACAUUGCCGGACAUCUCUGCUUUCUUGUCGAAUGGGUCAAAUCUGGAACAGUGUGAAAUCAUAUACACUGGCGUUUGUCAGCCCACCAGUAAAAUCUUGAAUGACUCCUUUCGGGAAGUCUAUCAGAAAAUUUACGCGUCGUUUUUCCUUAUUUGCGUGUUGCUCGUCAUUGGCCUGUACUCGCUGAUAUACAGGUCGGUGAUUUCGCGCCGAGCGAAAAGACAGAAACAGAAAAGAGUGAAACAAUUUUCGACCACAAUGGUCCAGACGGAUGAAACAGCUCACGUGACCGUGAAUAACACCAGUUCGCAAACUAUGUCCGGUACUGAUACCACCACUGUUGACAUGAAUGUGGAAAUCAAAGAAAACGGAACAUGUUCGAAGGCUGUGACACAAAAACUCAAUAAUGGCGAGACUGUGCCACUGAAAUCGGCGCCACCUAAAAAUACGAUGAAAGAGAAAAAAGACCAUAUCCUGCUUGCGAAUAUUAAGAUGGCGAUCAUGCUUUGCAUUGUGACUGUAGUUUUCAUCAUAGCAUUUCUACCAGCUUGGCUGAUGGCCUUGCAAUGGAUAACAUACAAUGAGUUCGGAUUUUAUAUUUAUUUCAUUUACAAUGUGGCAAAUCCUGUUAUUUACGCGUUUAUGAACCCAACGUUCAGAAAUGACCUUCUAAAACUGCAGUCUUGUUGUAAGGAGAGGUAG